CUGUUGACGUUAUGUCGAUAUCAGCCUGGUUCUGAAGUGUUAUUAUGAAGGAAACGCUGGGUGCAGCCUCCGCUUCCGGUGUAACCGAAAGUAAAUUUGAGUUAGUCCGGUCCGGAGGUCCGAUACACCGACAGAAAAGUGAAGAAGAGGAAAGAUGAAGAUGUUGCUGGUGUCUGUGAUCCUCGUGCUUGUUACCCAGCAUGCCUCUGGAGGGAAGGACAUUGAUGGGAUUGAGGGGGAGGAGUCUAUUGUUUUGCCCUGCCCUCCUUUAACUGGUGAAUCUGUGUUAUGGAGCCGCGAGGAUCUCGAUCCCUCGACUGUUCAUCUACGUCAAAAAACCAAAACUGGUCCAGAGAAAGAUGAGUUUAAAGAUCAAAACCCGUACUACAGAACCCGCACAGAGCUGCAGACGGACGCUCUGAAGACUGGAAACGUCAGCCUCACUCUGAAAAACCUUCGUCUGUCAGACAGAGGCAACUACAUCUGUGAGGUCCUGAAGGAUGGAAAGAGCUACGAGACACAUGUACGCCUGCAUAUCAUCAGCAAGGAAAAACAGGACAUUCAGACUCAAGUCGAACUUCAACAACAACAGAGAAUAAGAGACAUAUUGAUCGGUGUCUGUGUCAGUGUGGUGCUGAUCAUUAUCUGUUUUGUUGGUCUGUUCCUGUUCCUGUAUCGUCGUGGACACAUCAACUUCAGCAAAGAAGUCUACCAGGUGGAGGUGGAUUCAGGGGAGGAGUCUGUCCUGCUGCCCUGCAAAACCACAGUUCACCUGCCUGAGGACGAUGAAAUCAGUAAGCAGUAG